AUGAGUGCCCACCUCCCGAGCAGGAGGAUAGCUCUAUCUGCGCACUCUACGCUAUCCUCUCUGGCCACCGGCGCCCCUUCGUCCCAACGCCUCCUUCCUCUGAACCAGCGCCGCACCAAAUGGUCCCUCCCUAGCCUCUUCGGCCGCGGCCGCAAGGCCUCCGACCCCGGCAACCGCUCCUCGGGCGGCCACGACCUCGACGACCCCAAAGUCCGCCAGCGCCUCCUGGCCGAGCAGCAGCAGACCAAGGCCCCCGCCCUCUCCGACUCGAUCUUCCAGGAUGAAGUCGAGGCCGCGACCUCCGACUCGCUCGCCGCGCGCACCAACGUACCCGACGGCGCCCGUCAGGCCACCCCCGCCGAGGCCGCCGCCUGGCGCCUCGAUCCGGACCCCCGUUCCCGCGUCCGCUGGGAGCGCAAGAGGGUCAUCCAGAUGGUCCAGCGCCAGACAGCGUCGUCCGAGCCCUCCGACUAUGCGCGCCGCGUCGAGCGCAUCCGCCAGACCGAGCGCCAGAUGACCCACAAGUCCCCCUUCCUCGAGACGUCGACCAAGAAGCUCGUCAUGCUCGCCCGCCAGAUCCAGGGCAAGACGCUCCAGGACGCCCUCACCCAGAUGACCUACUCGAAGAAGAAGAUGGCCCGCGAGGUCAAGUUCCAGCUCGAGGAGGCCCGCGACUUUGCCGUGGUGAGCCGCGGCAUGGGCCUCGGCAAGGCGGGUGCCGCCCCCGGCGGAGACAAGGAUGCUGCUCUCAUCAAGAUCAAGACAAAGGACGGCCAGACGCUCAAGAUUACGGACCCUUCGAGCUUGUACGUCGCCGAGGCGUGGGUGAACAAGGGCCCGUCUCGCAACCGUCGCAUCGAGUUCAAGGGCCGAGGCAGGACAGGUGUCAUUAUCAGCCCGUCAACAGACACAUUUCGAGGGGAAUCAGUAUCGUAA